AUGCUGCAUCCAGCGGAAUGGAGUGCGAGCGCCGAAGAUCAAGCUGCAAAGUUGAUCCGCAAAGUGCGAGAUGACUAUAGUGUUCAACUCGCACCCAUCCACGUUCAGCACCUCGACGCCUUCAAUCAAACCCAAUUCAGACGCGUGCUGAGCCUGGACUCGGAUGCGACCGUCAUGAAGAGCAUGGACGAGUUGUUUCUCCUUCCUUCAGCACCCGUGGCGAUGCCUCGAGCUUACUGGCUUGACGACACGCUAUCCUCACAACUGAUGCUGGUCGAGCCAUCGCUCUUCGAGUUUCGACGAAUCCUAAACGCCUUCGAACAGCGUCAAUCGACCGACUUCGACAUGGAGAUUGUGAACGAGCUGUACGGAAACGAUUGCAUCACCAUUCCUCACCGGAAGUACGACCUGCUCACAGGCGAGUUCCGAGCGACGGAGCACCAUCGGUAUCUCGGCUCGAAAGAAGAGAAAUGGGAUCCGGAGCAAGUCUUGAACGAAACGAAGUUCGUACACUUCUCUGACUGGCCACUUCCGAAACCUUGGCUGCCACACAGUGAGGAGCAAGAGCUGGAUUUUCGUCCAGAAUGCCGUCAGACAGAAGAAGGCGAGGACUGCCGUGAUCGUGACGUGUGGUUGGGUCUGUAUUCGGAUUUUGCGGAGAGAAGAGAGCCUUGGCUAAUGUUCAUUGGGUGCAGAUGA